GUCAGUCCUGAUGCAAGAAAUCUAAAAAUAAAGAAAUUUGUCAAAAGAUAAAAGUUUCUCUCCAUAUUCUAGAGCUAAAUACAUAUUAAAAUGUCUGAAAUCAAAAUCGUGGCAGCCAGUAUUGUGAACUUUCUAAAACAACAGUUGGACAGUGAUACUUUGAGUGUAGAUUCCCGGGAAAGCGUUGAGGUUGGUGUGCAAUGCAUAGAAACCGCAUUCGAAUUAGGUCCAGAAGAUGCAGCAAGAGGCGUAGAUCUUCUACAGUUAAUACGACAACAACGCGGUGGGCAGUCUGGUACGGACCGCGCUGAGGCAGAGCGUCUUAAGAACGAAGGCAACGAAUUGAUGAAAACUGAACGUCACCGUGAGGCACUCGAGAAGUAUACGCGAGCAAUCGAAUUAGACCCCCGUAAUGCAGUGUAUUUCUGUAAUCGUGCUGCCGCCCACUUCAAAUUAGGUGAAAACGAAGCUGCAGUUGCAGAUUGCACAGCUGCUUUAACAUUGCAACCUGACUACGGCAAAGCUCAUGGCCGAUUAGGGCUAGCAUUAACUGCGUUAGAAAGACAUCGUGAAGCACGGCAAGCCUACGCUCGGGCGGCACAGCUCGAACCUGACAAUGAAUCUUAUAAACAAAACUUGAAGUUAGCUGAUGAACGACUAGCACAACGUGGUGAACGCGGCCCUAUGGAUCUCGGAGGCUUAUUACAGAAUCCUGCCCUAUUAAAUAUGGCAACUGAAAUGCUCUCUGACCCAAAUAUGCAAAAUCUUAUUUCGGGGUUAAUGAAUAACACUACAGCAAAUACGCAAGGCCAAGGUGCUGGAGGAAUGAGUGCUUUGUUGGAGGCUGGUCAAGCUCUUGCCCAGCAUAUGCAAGCUGCUAACCCUGAGCUAGUAGAACAACUGCGUAGGCAAGUACGCCCACCAGGGCCUGGUGGCAACCCACCUCCAAGUCAGUGAAGCACUAUCAUAGACUAUUAAGCCUCUAAACAACGAGAUGCAAGUCUCCUAGAAUUUAUGUCUGUACAAAAGUAUGCUAUAUGGUGAACUGUAACACUAAUAUCAUAUUUUAUUUUUCAAUUUACAAUUUUUCUAUCUAGAUGAUAGCAUUGAAAUUACCAAAUUACACAUCACUAUGUUUCUAUGAUAAAAACCAAAUAAGAGAAAUUUUUGUUUAUUUUGAAAAAUGAAUAUUGAAGAACUUAUACAAAAAUGGUGUAAUUUUAUAUCAAGUGCAUUUAUGUUUAUUAUUAUUGCCUUAUAUUUAUACCUAUAUUUUUCAUGUGACUACGUAGCUAGGGUAAAGGUGAUAUAAAAUAAUACUUUGUAAGGAUACUCUGAUCCUAAACGACUUGGUGUGUAAGAUUUUAGGUUUGGCAAUAUUACUAUUUACUUUGACUAUAAAUAUGAAAUGUCCAAAAUAUUUAACAUUGUAAGAUGCAUAAUCAUUUACAGCGAUAUGUUGAGAAAUUUAAGUGUCUAUCAUAGUUGAUUGACUAAGAAUAUAAAUGGUUUUGUUAUUCAAUAAAUUGAUUUCAAUU